GACUGAUCGAUAAUGGUGUUUAGCAGUAGGCUACUGGUUUUCUUCUUUCCGGCCACCCGUUCACUUAUUUUCGAACUACUUUUUCGGUCCAAAUGACUUUGGACUCAAUCGCCCAGCCAACACGAAUUCAAACCUGCCCGAAGAAAGAAGCCCGUACCGGUUGGUGACCGCCUACAUAUUUGUCCUCAUAUCUCUCCCUUUUGGCUCAUUCUACACGUACGCUGAAAUCCAAGCAGCCUUUCUCUCUCUCGCGCGCGCGCGUUCUUCCUCUCCCCUUUCUUCUUCGAAUUUCAGAGCAGUUGGUGAUGGCGCCGCAGAAGGUGAUCUUGAAGGUUUCUUCUAUGAGUGAUACGAAAAUGAAGCAGAAAGCAAUGGAAACUGUUGCAGAUAUCUAUGGUAUCGACUCCAUAGCCGCCGAUCAUAAAGAUCAAAAGAUGACUGUAAUAGGUGAAGUUGACACCGUCGAGAUCGCCAAGAAGUUGAAGAAAUUCGGGAAGGUCGAUAUCAUAUCGGUUGGGCCCGCCAAAGAAGAGAAGAAGGAUGAUAAGAAAGGGGACAAAAAGUGAUCAGACUUCUUUAGUUUCAGGCCUUCAGAUGAAUAUACUGUGUUCUUCUGAUGGCGUGUACACUUGGGCUAUGUAUAAAUUGAGGAGGGGGUUAGAUUCAAGGGUGUAAAGUUUUGGCAUGUCGCAUCGGAUAUUAUAUAGGGUGUCAUAUGGUGUGUUCAGACACUAAUAAAAAACUAAUUACAGAA